AUGAUAUGCAUUGACACUCUGCUCCAGCAACAGAAGGGACAUGUCGCUCAGGACUAUAAUCUGGAUGGAUCAACGGGAUCGUUCCCACAGGACACCAACACGUCGAGGGGGCUGAAACGUAGAGGUCGUUCUGCUGGCUUCGUCCACCAUGGAACUCAAGCCCCUGAUGUGAAGUGCUGGGUUCUAAGGCGCCAGAACGACAGAGCCUUACUUCCUGUGAGGAUGAACCUGACAGACUGGGCUGAGGAGAAGUGGACGGAUCCCUCUAAUUCCUCCGUGCAGUGGCCUCCACACUCUUGGAGCAGCAACGACACUUUUUCCUUGCAAGGGGAUCUCCAGGAGAUAAUCCAUACAGCCACUCUGGUUACCUGUACCUUCUUAUUGGCCAUUAUAUUCUGCUUGGGUUCCUACGGCAACCUCAUUGUCUUCUUGUCCUUUUUUGACCCAGCUUUCCGGAAGUUCAGGACCAACUUUGACUUCAUGAUCCUCAACCUGUCCUUCUGUGACCUCUUCAUUUGUGGGGUGACGGCCCCCAUGUUCACUUUUGCUCUCUUCUUGGAUUCUGCUGCUGGUAUCCCCGAUGCCUUUUGCUUCACCUUCCACCUCACCAGCUCUGGCUUCAUCAUCAUGUCCCUCAAGACGGUGGCCGUGAUCGCCCUCCACCGGCUGCGCAUGGUGUUAGGGAAGCAGCCCAAUCGGACCGCCUCUUUCCCUUGUACUCUCUUGCUGACUCUACUGAUGUGGGCCACUAGCUUCACUCUAGCCACGCUGGCCACUAUGAGGACCCAUAAAUCUCGUCUCUGCCUGCCCAUCUCCAGCCUGGUCAAUAGAGAAGGGAAGAUCAUCCCUUACUUGUAUGUCAUUGACUUCAUUUGUUGUGUGGCAGUGGUUUCAGUCUCUUACAUCAUGAUAGCCCAAGCUUUGAGGAAAAAUGCCCAGGUGCGGAAAUGCCCUCCUGUCAUCACGGUUGACGCCUCCAGGCCUCAGCCUUUUAUAGGGCCGCUGGCCAAUGGAUGCUCCGAUGGGGUACAGGGCUCCAUGCCGGCUCUUUACAGAAACCAAAAUUACAACAAACUCCAGCAGAUCCAAACCCAUGCGUACACCACCAAGAACCUCAGCCAACUGCCGUCUGCACCAGCAGUCAGCAGGUUCCAGCUGGUGUCCACCGUUAAUUUAUCCACAGCCAAGGACUCCAAAGCUGUGGUGACAUGUAUUGUCAUUGUGCUUUCUGUUUUAGUGUGUUGUCUCCCUUUGAGCAUCUCUUUGGUGCAGGAUGUUCUGUCCAGAAACAGUGGCUUUAUCCUUUACCAGUUUGAACUCUGUGGAUUUACACUCAUUUUUUUCAAGUCCGGAUUAAACCCUUUCAUAUACUCACGGAACAGCGCCGGGUUGAGGAGGAGGGUCCUUUGGUGCUUCCAGUACUUGGCCCUUGUUUUUUUCUGCUGCAAGCAGAAAACUAGGCUUCGAGCUGUCGGCAAAGGCAGCCUGGAGGCCAACCGGAACAAGUCGUCCCAUCAUGAAACCAACUCCGCUUACAUGCUGUCUCCGAAGCCUCAGAAAAAAUUUGUGGACCAAGCUUGCGGGCCUAGUCACUCGAAAGAAAGCGUGCUGAGCCCUAAAGGGUCUGCCGGCCACCAACAUUACGGAGGCCAGAGUAGUUCCACGCCCAUGAACACUCGUAUCGAACCUUACUAUAGCAUCUACAACAGCUGCCCUUCCCAGGAAGUGAGCACACCCAACAGCUUGCAGGCCACAAACUCUCCCUUUGGCUUUGCCAAGUCUUACGUCGCCAUGCAUUACCACACGACGAAUGACGUCGUGCGGCAUUACGACAGUACUUCUGCUAAGCAGAUCUCGGUUCCCUCCGUCUAGUUGGUAGGAGCUGAAGACAGUCUAAUGUUCUACCACAGUGGUGGCCAACCUUUGCUUGUUCGUUUGUUGGUUUGGCCCGCAUGCCACGAGUAGCUCAAAAGUAUGAGGUAGGGCCAUUCUUGCAUGUACAGCAGAAUUCAGACACCUCCACCCUUUGAGGUCAUUUUGCAUUCAGUGCCCUGAGUAGACAGCUCAUAGUCAGGUUUCCAAAUUUUUCUAUUGCCUUCCAGAGUCCCACUUCUGAUUCUUGUAUUGCAGGUUGGUGACCACACAUUCUGCUAGUUCACUGCUCUCUUUUUCCCCCUCCCUUUUAAAGUUUCCUGGUUAUUGUAUUGAAUGUUACACCCCAGAAGUACUUUUUUGUCCCUGAAUGGCGGCACACAAGAUUAAAUCCAUCUUUUGGCCAAAGCAACUGCUAACUACACAUCGUAAGUUGUGCACUUACUUUAGACCCAAACCAGAUAUUUUAACGUUUAUGCAGUAAACAGUGUUAUGCAGUGUUGUUUAAUUUUUGUUUUGUUUUUGCCUGUUUAUGCAGUACACAUUUCUAGCAUUAAAAGUAGUUGCUGUUAAAAGAUCUUUACUCUGAAUUAUAUAUAUUAUAUAAAAUUGGUCUUGCCAGUGGUUGAAUGGGUGACUGUUAGAAUCCCUUUCAUUCACCCCGAGUUCCAUAAUUUAAAUAUAGUUAAAUAGACAAACAAGCAGAAACAGUAUUAGGGCAGAAUUGAGGAAGCCCAUGUCAAAGUAGAACCAUAUGGGCCCAGGUACAUCAGAACUCUUGCUACAGUUGACAAAUACUUUCAGCCCCUUUCUAAAUGUAAACAAAUACAUGACAAGAGGUUUUUUUCUCCAUGUAAAUACAGUAUUUUCGCAGAACUACAGAAUGUAAGGAAGUUAAAAUGAGCUCAUGUAAGAUAGAAAGGACCUCCUUUCUAUCAUAGUUUUGUAAACAGGUCCUUCAAAGUUACCAGUCCACAAUAUUUUUGUAUAAGUAGACAUGAUUAUAAAUUGUAUUGGUGUGAAAAUACUGUAAGUCAUGAGUGGUAUGAAAGAGAAAUAUUUAUCACAUAUUGGCUGAAAUCUAGUCACAAGUAGAGUAGACCCAUUGAAUCAGUUGUAGGAAUGCUCAUUCACCAAACCACCAAUGAUUCUCUGGGUUUGGAUUUUAGCCAUUUUAUCAGUAUCCCUCACAAUAAUCUUCUAAAUUUACUCAGAAUUAUUAUUCCCACCUUGUAAUUGAGCAGGCUGAGAGUAAGUCAGUUGCCAUCAUCUAUGGCUGCUGUGAGAUAUGAGCCAGCAGUGCUAGUCAGCUGAAGUGAGGUGACUGUUUUACAAAAAAGUUGCUGUUUCCAAAAUGUUUUUAUCCCUAUUUAGACAGUAAUAUAUGUCUAUCGGUGGCUGCAAUUACAGUAGUAAGCUUAUUGGAGUGGUUCAGUUUGUGGAAUUUUUCAGUACCAGUGGGAUUUUUAAAGAUGUUGCACAGUGUUAGGGAAAAUGGACAGUUUUCCCAAAGUCCACACAUACAGAGACAGACACAUACCAUGGAAGUAUAGUGAUCUGCUCCAGUUUGUUGGAGUUGUUUUUAUUUCAUAUAAAUUUUUACCUUCUUUUUUAAAAAAAUCCUUACUGAAGUGAUAUAGCACUAUACUAAUAUAUCAGUUCAGGGAUAAGGUGAUCUAAUGUUAAAUGUGAUAGUUUAUCUUUUAACAAAAUGUCAAGGCAGCUACGGAGAUCUGGGAGCAAUUGGAAAGAUGAUCGAGGCUGCUGCUGCCGCCACCGCCACCACCGGGCACUUGAGUGGAGAGGCCGGCCCCUCGUGAAGUCCAGCUGCGCAGGGAUAUAAUACCCCCAUCUCUACUUAAGACAAGUAACAAUAAUUCAAUUAAUUGUACCAAACAGGCAUGCUGGUAAAGAGAGCUUGGCCUGCAGCCUUCUUCCUCAUAAUGCUAGGGCCUUCAGCAUAAUGCUGAGCCUUCAGCAUCCACUCUGCUGAAAUGGUAAGUCCCAGCAAAUACAUUGAUUGGGGUUCUGUAUCGUUCUCACUGCAGGACAUGGUGGCACACGCUUGUAAUAUAACAUUUUGCUAACCACAAAAGCAAAAAAAGUAUUUUUCCAAAGUACCUGCAGAGAUUUCAAGGAUCUGUUUUUUGUAUUAAGGGUCUUCUUCCCUUUCUGUGAAUAACACAGAAAAUUCUUUGCAUGAGUUGGCACUCCUUGUCACAUAAUUACGUCCCCCACCCCGCCCAAUAUCUGUCAUGUAAAUGCAGAUCAUCUUUAUUGUGCAAGCAUUGGUGUUCACAAGAUAAUGUUUUAGAUACACAUAAACAUUUAACAUUGGUUAGUUAUUAGUAGACAAACUGAAAUUAGCAGAAACAAAAUGGAACGUAACAAGUAAUUCUCACAAAGUAUGAGAGAGAAAAAAAACAUUUUUGCUAAUACGUUUUGCCUUCAUAAUUUUCUAACUUAGAAAUAGCUCAAAAAAUUCAGGUGAGGUAGUACAGUGCUUUUUGACCCUCUGGCUUCUUUCAUUUUUUUGUUUUGUUUUUAUUUCUUAUAUGUUUUCUGGAUUGUAAAGGGAUACUACAAUAUUAAUAAAACAUUCCCUUCCGGUC